AUGCAAGAAUGGCAGUGCACCCAUCCAGGGUGCGGCCUAUACACACCGAAUACGAUCUCCUGCUAUGAUAGAUAUGCUAUUUAUGCAUCAACAACCACAGUAGUUAUAUUAGACAUUCCCUUCCGCCGACAUAUUUCUUCGUUUACAAGCAAAUCGGGGAUUUCAGCGAUUGCAUGCAACACCAAAGGAGUUCUCGCCGCUAUUAUGAGGUCAGGAGAGUGCACUUUUUUCCAGGUUCCCCAUCUCACACACCCCAUCAACACAGUACAGGUGGGCUUGAAGAUAUACGAUGAAGACUAUGCUAGCAGAAGUUCUAGCGUACCGUGCUUUGACGUUGCCGACUUUGCGGGAGCUGGUGACCGCUACCUGGUUCUCGUUUCUAGACUGCAUGACAUUUUGGGCAUUCUGGACACAGAGACGAACAAGGUUGUACAUGCAUCACUCCCCGACUAUUUGCACACCAAUAUCUUGCGAGCGGUGAAGUUUGAAAGUGCACAAGUAGGCAUACAAACUCGAGACAAUCCGAGUAGUGGUAUUCUACUUGGCGGACUCCUUAGUGGACGCCUCUUCAUGCUACAAAAAGGUGCAGAGGCUUUGUAUGCAGCGAUCUCAUCAGAUGAUUAUCAGGCAUUGACUACUGACAAGCAGCGUUACAAGUUUCUCGGAUUAGACCUGAAAGCAGACACGCAACUUCCUGUGGGAUAUAAUGCAUAUCAGUUAGCUACUAAUACCGGAGUCAAGCUAACCUCUAAUAGUGCUGCCAUGAUCUAUCUGACACCGGGUCUCUUGCAGUUUGGUGUUAACUACUCAAGCGCUCUAUCGGUGGACGUUGACCCGUUUAAUCAGAAUUUCUCGCGUUUAGUAUUAAGCGUGUAUUCCUGCGGGACAUUAUUGCUGCAUGAUUUUGUUCCUGUUCCUACUCGCUUGACUGGUCGGCGCAAGAUAGAUGGAGUACGCUGCGCGUGCUUCCUUCGGCAUAAGCCAGGGUUAAUUGCGAUUGGGUUUUCCUCUGGAAUUAUAAAGAUCUGCAAUAUUAAUGUACUUGCCAAAACCCUUGAUGAUACAGAGUGCACUGAGCUAUCCGUCAAUGAGGUGCAUCACACAAUUGUCGUAUCCCGUGGGCUAGACAUUCUCGCUCUCCGGUGUUCUGAGCCGUUACAAAAGGAGGGAGGAACCAAUCUUUAUAGCGACAACGACUUCCUCAGUAUUGAUUCAUUCUUUCAGGGCUCUUCUUUAGAUAGUGCACAUUCCCCGACGUCUCCAACAAAGCGUGCUUCUAUGACCAUCACAUAUCUUGUUGGAUGUACAUCCACAGGAUCUAUCUUCUCGAUUGAUUGCAAUCAAUACACUAUAAACCAUAAAACGGAUCCAAGCCACAUAGAAUCUAUUCUGGAUGUGUGCUACCACGAGGAGCUCACUAAGUUCUACAUUUCACUGUCGGCUGAUUGCACGGCAAAGCUUUGGCGGAUAGACUCCACUGGAACAUCUCUGGAGGGCCAGUUUGGCAGUAUUGGAGGUAAUCAUAUAACCAAUAUGGGUAAGAAUGCGUCUAUUAGCGAAGCCAGCAUUACCACGGGAUUAAAGGUUGAUGGUGGAGCUGUCGAUACAUCGCGGUUUCUGGGGCCUCUAAUCUGUGCUAGCUGGGACCCUCGCCCGGCGUCAUGCCUUGCUCUGCUCUCUUCUCACAAUGGAGCAAGUGCAAUUGUGGAUGUCUGGAGGGGCUCUAUUUAUGCGGUCUUGGAAACACACGCUGGCAGGGUCAUCUCCAAUGCAUGGACUAACUCAUAUGGGUGCCUCUGUGCCACGUCAAGCUUAGAUGGUAAGGCUCGGAUUUACCCCUUUAACCGCUCUGUUCAGCUAGGGCUUUCCACCACUGGAUUUACAUCGGCUGACUUCACCAAGAAUUACAUAGAAUUUGUAUCUGGGAGGUUUCCACUUUACGGGCUUGCCUUUUCACCGUACUUCCCACUUCUGGCAUGUGCUUCUGAAGAUGGAAAGGUACAUAUCUAUGAUGUGGGGUACCUAAACAUGGAUGAGUCAGCUAUACGCUUUCGUGCAUCAGAGUUGAAUCUGAAAUUAUCAAAGCUUGUUCCGGUGCCUCAUCUAGGAUCCUUCAAGGCACACGACAGCGGUUGCUUUAAGGUUGUAUUUCAUCCCCUUAUUGCUGACAUUUUGGCUACAUCCUCCCAUGAUGGUACCAUCAGAGUCUUCAGGCUAUCCUUUGGUACACCCAUCAGCACAGGACCCAUCUUGUUGUCUGAUGGCUCUUGCCCUGCAGACAUUGUACCUGAAUCAAAACGGAGCCAGACUUCACUACGCAUAUCAGCCAUCAGUACUCUUAAGGGGCAUACAAGUCGCGUACGGCCAUUGAAGUUCCAUCCAGAGUUGCCACACAUUCUCUUCAGUGGAUCAUGGGAUACAACAAUCAGGGCAUGGAAUUGGCUUGCAGGCAUUGAGCUGGCGUGCUUUUCUUUCAAGUCUGAUGUCUAUGGGAUCUCUAUUUCUCCAUCUUAUCCAUUUGAAAUGGUGGUGAGCUCACGAGACGUAACUAUCCGCAGAAUUCAUAUAAGGGGCAUGGAAUUGGGACAACGAGCUAUGAUGCAUGCAACGCUUGGGGCUCUGUCCGCGUUUUUUGCACAGAACAGGGCGCAGCCUGGCAGUCGUGACUAUACACUUGAGGAUGUUGCCGAAUAUUUAACGGACGCCUCUAGCACCGAAGCUCAAGGCCUUAUUUUAAACGCAUAUAAUAGCAUUUGUCGUAUUGCAACAGAGGAACCGCUUCUCUAUCACAAUUUUAAGAAGUCAUACUCUUCUACCAACGGGCCCGAGCUAUCUCAUGCUCUUGCCCUCCUUGCAGGGUCUGCAAGCAAAGAACGGGGAGAGCUGCUUGCAACAACAUUGAAUACGUCCAGCAAGGAUGCUUCGGCAUCUUCUGAACUCUUGCCAGUUCAGCUUUCUCCGAAUAGGAUUUUCGGGGCUAUACUCUCUCUAUUUUAUCCUGUCGAUGCAGGGAUUCUUCAGCUAAUGAAGCUCUUUGACUACUUGCUCUUUGCCUCAACUGAUGUGUUCAGUCCCAAAAGGGUCGUAACUCAUGAGCUAGCUCUGCAGGAAUUUUUGGUGACAGAUGGUAUUGUGGCGACUGGCCCGGUUCUCCUUUGGGAGGCCCUGAAUCUGGCCAAGCUUUGCAUGAAAAGUUUGACAUCUUCAAAGGCUCCUAUUUAUGAAACUGAUCCCGGGUUCUCUAAAACAAAAUAUCAAUUCUAUGAAUUUGUCCGGAAGCAGCCCACACUUAAGUCUGAAGCAUACAAACACCAGUUUUUAAUUGCCCUUAAGCUUUUCGUUGCAUUGGGCGAUGUCCCGUGCAUGAUGGAAUUGUUUAAGUAUUUGCGGGCAGAUAAGUAUCUGACUAUGCUAAUGCCUCUCUUGCCGACCCCUGAAGCACGCCAAGAGCUUGCCUCAACCAUCACUGAGACCGUUGCCUCUACAUCUCUGCAGGUAAGGAUGAACCUAAAGGAAAUGAUUACGCCACUUAUUGAGCUGAUAAUUCUGGGGCAAAUUGUUCAUACUCUCACGGGCAGCUACAGCCUUAUUCGGCAGGCAUGCUACGAGUGCUGUGUCAGCGGAGAAACGACCCUGGCCAAGAUUAUUGCAUACAAAGUGGAGGACACGGAUCUUUCGUUGCAUCUACGCACUCUUAUUAUGUACCAUACGGCUAUGAACUUCUUAGCAAAUGGAAAGUCUAUUAAGGCUGCCCUUGAGCUCGUCGCUGAAAACAAUGCCAAACUCGCGUGUAGAAUCCUAGUACUUACGGGAGAAGCGUUUCCUGCUGCACUAUUGACUCUUUCAGAUCCACUACAGGGAGACUUUAUGAGUAUUUACGGUGCAGCAGAACUCGUUAUCCAAUCGAGCCUGGGCAGCGAGAUGCUAGAUCUUCUGCUGUCUGCUGCGCGUGGUCGCCAGGCAACCGCCAGGCCCGUUGAUUGCUACGGCAUUUACCUGCCAAGUUGGUUUUCUUUCAUCCACGCUGGAAGGAUAUUGCGUGGAUUGUAUUACGUCAAAACCCUUCUUCUUGCAAAGACCUAUUUUCCAUAUGAUACAGCAUCUGACCGAGAUAGUGCAGAUGCACUUGCAGAUACCGAGCUGGUUGAGAUUAAUCUCUAUGGAAAGAGUCCACGAGAACUGUUUCAGAGUGGAUCAGGACUCUUGGAUCCCCACUCUCUUUCUGUAUACAUUGGGCGAGCCUAUAGACUAGCCUCACACCCCUCUGCUCCUUCUAUCGUUCACGCCAUAGAACAUAUCUUUGGAGCAUUGACAGCUAAAAUCAAUGCAUUCGUCCUGGCUGCUCUUAGGGACCCCAAGUGGGAGUUGCAGUCUAUAGAGCUUGCUUGCCUCUACAACUUGAUUCGGGGUUACCCUCUUAGUCCAGUUGAACUAUCCACCCAAACAGCAGCCGUGCUCUCGUACUACCUUGGGGGAGUUGCUGCACUUCGAGUGGGACUAUUUUCCGUUGCUCGCGAUCUAAUAUGCUCGUGCAACAAGCUUCUGGAGAGGUACUCUGAUGUACAGUUCGCUGUGUCUAACGUGAUUUCAACGGAUAGUCUUAACGAAUAUAAGGAUAUGGCGCUUUUCUGCGUUACCGGAAACGAAGCCUUGUGCAGCAAUUCUGAGACUUUGAAUGAGUGGAAGCGCCGCCGCCAAAGCUAUCUAGAUCAUGGGGAGCACACGCCCGAGGUACUCCUGAUAAGCAGAAGCAGUACUGUAUCUGCCCUGCGCUGCAUAUUCAGUCCCUUUACAGGAAAGAGCAUGGUGCUACCAGUUCUAACCCUUAUGCCAUCUGCAGAUAACGUAUAG